AUGCGACACCACAUACACAUAACGCUCACAACGCUACUAGCGGGUGUAAAUGUUGCAUCUGCAGCGCACAAGCCUUUCAGCAUACAAGAUGAUGUGCUAGCGAGCCCCCAGUUCGAGGUACUCUUCCCUGAUGAAUACAUACUCGAGUCAGACGCACGGCUACGGCUUGCAAAAGCCCAGUCGCAACACAGUACUGCUACCAACACCCCUUCUCAGCCAUCAGAGACACCUGCAACCAUUUAUCAAGGCGACCGAUCAGAUUUGUCACAGCAGGUGCGGCUUCAGGACGAGCAAGUGGCGGAGGAUGACAAUUCCAAGCCAGACGAGGGUGAUAUAGCAAUUGAUUCAUAUCAUGAAAUGGUUCUUAAUGGACAGAGAUUCCUCUGCGGUAUCCCGAACGUAGCAACCACGGGGAAGGACAACACAUCCACACCUACGCCUAACCCGGACGAGGAAGCAAUUGAAUUAGCGAGGGCAACCAACCGAGGCCUUGAGCUGCUCAGUGAUUUAGAAGGGAAAUGUCUAUACUAUGCUGCUGGUUGGUGGUCGUAUUCUUUCUGCUAUAUGAACGAAGUGCGGCAGUUUCAUGCACGACUUCCCGGGAAAGGGGUUCCUGUUUAUCCGCCGGCGGAAGAUCCAGAUUCUACAACCUACGUCCUGGGUAGAUUCCAAGGGAAUUCAGGGGGUAGCCAGUCCACGGCAGCGUCCACGGAAGUGGCAGCCCUGCAAACCAAGGGGGAAUCAUGGUAUUUAGUGCAGUACCUUGAGCGUGGCACUAUAUGUGACUUGACAAGGAAGCCCCGCAAGAUCGAGGUGCAGUUUCACUGUCAUCCACAGUCUCCCGAGCAUAUUGCCUGGAUAAAGGAGAUUACUACAUGUUCUUACGUCAUGAUGGUCUAUACUCCCAGACUAUGCAAUGAUGUUGCAUUCCAACCGCCACGAGUAGAGCAGCCGAACAGUAUACAAUGUCGAGAGAUAAUACUACCGGAGCAUGUUCCCAUCUGGGAAGCUGCUAAAGCCGCCAAAAAGGCACAAGCAAAGAGGGAACUUGUCGAAGGCACGGAUGAGCCUUCCGUGAUGGUUGGAGACAUCGAAGUCGGGGCGAUGAAGCUGGUAGGCAAGGAUGGGAAGCGAAUUGAAAAGGAUCAAUUUGGAUUUGGCGAGGACGAGAAGAUCCAGGUUGUAGCCAAGAGUGAAGGCGGCAAAGUGAAAGUUAUAUCGAAGGAAACUCUCAAGAAGCACAAGGUGACCAGCGAGAAGUUUGAGCGGCUGAGGAAAGGGCUGGAUAAAGCUGCGGAUGGCAAAGACUGGAGGCUGGAAGAAGUGACCACAAGCAGAGGGGAGGGGCUACGAGGGAUUAUCGACGACUCUUUCGAUGAAGUGGAAGGAGAAGAAGAUGAAUACGAAGAAGGGGAGACAGAAGCUGAGGGCAAACCGAGCCAGGAUAACACAAAGAAAGAGACCAAACUCAAGCUGCAGCAAAAAGAGAUGAAGAUGAUGAAGAAGAAGACUAAUACGAAGAAGCAGCAACAGCAGAAGUCAGACAAGGAGCAGCAGAUCUUACAAAAACCGGAGAAGCAACCGGUAUCAGAUGAAACCAUCCCUGAAGCCGGCAGUGAUGAAACAUACAAAACCGACGGCAAUGACGCAAGAAGGAAGAGUGAGAAGGUCGACGAGCCUGACACUGAGAGAAAGAAGGGGGAAGACGAAAAAGACGAGCUGUAGAAUCAAUUAUCA